UGAAUAUUGUGUACUGUUUUUCAUGCAGUCUGUAUUCAAAUCGUUAUCUUCCUUUUAGGAACACUAUAAGUUGUUAGUUUUUAUUGUUUAUUCUGUAAAAACAAGGAAUUUUAUUUAGUUAAACAGUUCAGCAAUUCUAUUCAGCUUCCAACCCAGCAGACGGAUGUAACGUAACAUGGAAUGUAAACAUUAUUUCAUUGCCAUGUUGAUGGUAGCUUCAACUUGUAUAACAGGUGUCAGUUUAUGCAGCAGUUCUCUCACCAGAGAUAAUAAUGCAAUCAAUCUGGAAACAAACGUUACAUUGAAGUGUACAGUGUGCCCUGAUUCUUCAGGAAUCACAUUUAAACAUAAUGGUACUGAAAUCGCGGCUGAUGCAUUUGGUGAUACGACAGUAACGAACAAUACACUACACGACGCAUAUGUUAAAACUCUAAGCAAUGGAUCAAAGGAGAUGACACUGAUAAUUUUUAACUACAAACAAUCCUCAAAUGGAAAUUACACCUGUUAUCCCACAAGCUCAACGAAUGUUGCAUCGCUUACGUUAGCAUACACAGCACCCACCACACCAGGAUCCGCAGAUGGCAAGCUGAGCAUAGGUGCAAUAAUUGGAAUUGUCAUUGGAUGCAUUGCCUUGCACUGGUUGGCAUUGGAGCAUUCAUCUUGAUAUAUCUAAAAAAAUAAAGAUAUAUCUUUAUGCUGCCAUCAGAGGUAAAGAAAUAGUAAGAACUCAUCGACAUGGUUUCGAAUGAUACAAGAUAUGUGAUAAUCAUGAAAUAUUGUUAAGUUUAAUGUUAUUCUUGGAAUUUAACUAUCAUAUUUAGCAUUACAUCAUAAUUCGUGCACCAUCCAAAUAUGUUGGUAUAUUAUAUUGCACAUACAGUUGGAUGUUGUGAUUGAAUUAUAGUUUUAAAUUAUUCCCGUAAACUAUUGUUACGUGUGCUUGGACUUCACGCAUAAAUGUGAGUAGAUUUUGGCUUUUGAGGAAAAACACAUUUUUAUAUUAUAUAUGUGUUAAAUAUUGACAUGAUUUUUAAUGUAGAAGUUGUUUGUUGUGGUAAAUGGUUUCUCAACAUAAUUUAGAGUGUAUGUUUAUGUCUCCUGUAUCUUCACACAUUUUUAAGUAUAAACCAUAGCUUAAUUCUCUAACUACUGCUUAAAACACGUUAAAAUGCAAAACAAAAUAACAUAAUUGAUAAGUUUUCUUGGUUGAUUACUUUGAACACUAAGUUAUUUAUUUCAAUAAAAUUUAAAUGACGUUAUAAGAGAUCAUAGUAGGCACAACUAUUGUCCAACAUACAAUUUGGUGUUGAAUAAAAUCGUGUAUUACAUUAACGGCAUAGCUCACGUAGGUUGUCGACGAAAAUGUAUAUGCUACAAAUUCAUGCACAUGCUUCAUCAUUUAUCGCUCAACAAAGACAGAUACAAAUAAUGUAGUAUAGUGCCGGUAGAGAGACGCACCAACUUUGACCACAAUACAACUUAAAACUUUAUUUGAUGAUCGACUUAAAAAUCAUACUUGUUUAUGUUCGCACAUGGUUAAGAAUCAUAAUGUACUGUUAUCAUUGUUUUUCAAUAUACACGUGCCUUACAAUUUUCAAGUUGCUCUUCAGUAUUGAUUGUCAGCUAGCCUGACCUGGAUUGCUGCUAUCAGGUUGCACGAGAGGCAUUCAUGUAUUCAGUGUUUACACAGGGUUGCUUGGCGAAGAGGAAGUAUUGAAUAAUAAACACUCAGUCAUUCACGUUAGUCAAUGUAGACUGGCGGCUGACGUUAUUUUUUUCUAUCAUUGAUCUAUAGAUAAUCCAUUUAAAAAAUACUAUAUGAAGUAUAGUCAUAACCACAGGUGGUUAGCGUGUGGCAAUGAUA